AUGGGGUGUGUACUAGGACAGCACGAUGAAUCUGGAAAAAGGGAACGGGCCAUCUACUACUUGAGCAAGAAGUUCAUAGCAUGCGAGAUGAACUACUCAUUGCUAGAGAGGACAUGUGAUCCUAUCAAGUACAUCUUCGAAAACCCCGCUCUCACUAGGAGGAUAGCUCGGUGGCAGGUUCUGUUGUCAGAAUUCGAUAUCAUCAAUGUUACUCAGAAGGCAAUAAAGGGGAGUGCCUUGGCAGAUUAUCUAGAUCAACAACCCAUAAAUGAUUAUCAGCCUAUGCAUCCAGAAUUCCUUGAUGAGGAUAUGAUAGCCUUGUUUAAGGAGGAAGUUGAAUAUGAGGACAGGGUUAAGUGGGUUAUGUGGUUUGAUGUGGAGUACGAGGCAUGCGCCCUAAGGAUUAGAGCAGUGGUCAACUUUAGGGUCAAGUUACUCAAAGUAUACAGGGACUCAACAUUGAUGGCCGACGCCCUUGCCACACUAUCAUCCAUGUUCAAAGAGGAGGAUGGUAAACCUUGGUACUUCGAUAUCAAACGAUACAUUAAGGAUAAGGAAUACCGACCUGAGGCCUCUGACAACGACAAGAGGACAUUAUGA